AUGGAGAUGGACCUGCUGCACCCCGACCCCCUCGAGGAGGCCAAGAAACACAAACUCAAACGCCUCAUUCCAAACCCCAAGUCCUUCUUCAUGGACGUCAAGUGCCCUGGCUGUUACAGCAUCGCCACUGUCUUCUCCCACGCCCAGACCGUCGUCCUCUGCGGCAGCUGCAACGUGAUGCUGUGCCAGCCCACAGGCGGGAAGUGCAAACUUACUGAAGGGUGCUCUUUUAGAAAGAAGCGGCAGCAGCAGCAGCACGAGCUGCUGCAGCAGCAGCAGCAGCACGAGCUGCUGCAGCAGCAGCAGCAGCACGAGCUGCUGCAGCAGCAGCAGCAGCACGAGCCGCUGCAGCAGCAGCGCCACGCGCUGCUGCUUUUGUUUGCUUGCGGGGCGCCAGCCGUUAUCUAUCAAACUAAACCCUGA